AUGGUCUCUUUCACCUUGAUACAAGGGACGCUUCUGGCGGCGCUGCUGACGCAUCUUAUCAACGGUAGAGCACGUGGUACUGUGAAGCAACCAACUGGAUUGGUGUCUGCGUGUGAUCCGAAAGGUGACCUGAAAACGUCCAGCACCGACCCCGUCAGUCUAACCAGUUCAAGCACUUCGACCACCGCCAGUCCCAUCAACGGCCCGGACGGAACCUUCGACAACGCGGCCAGUCCGUGUGUUGCAGGGAUAGCCAAUUGCACAAUCACCAUCGAUGGCACAGGUUUUGGAACCGACGACGUCAUAAUAUUGGCGACGGGCGACGACUGCUCUUCCGGGACGGCCGUGAAGACAGUCUUCGACAACACUUCUGCUGUCGACUAUGCAGACACGCCUUCGGUGUCCUCGGACGACCAACAGACGUACAACUUCAACUCCACACCUCCUCGCCGUGGGGGAGUUUAUCUGCUGUGCUGGUGAGCAACCCAAAAGCGAGCAGGCCACGAGACAGGCGGUCAGUCGGUCAGGCAGGCAGGCAGGCAGCUUUGUCUGGGGGACGUAUCCAUUCACUCGUCUGGGCCGAGGGCAGGUGCCAAGGAAGCUCGUGUGAUCCGGACGGUGACCUGAGCAUGUUCAGCACCGACGCGGGCAAUCUGACCAUCAUCGGCCCGAACGGAACCUUCGACAAUGCGGACAGUCCGUGUGUUGCAGGGAAUGCCAGUUGCACAAUCACCAUCAAUGGCACAGGUGGGCGGAGGGAUGGACUCACUGCGUCCGUGUGUGCGUGGGUGCGCGCGUAGUCAGGGACGGCGGUCUAUCUAUCUAUCUAUCUAUCUAUCUAUAUGCCUGUUGUUUCUUUGCGGCCGACCAGCCGAUACUCACCCACGCGCUCAUACCAUUGACUGAUUGAUUCCCUCAUUGCUCAGGUCUCCAAGACCACAACAGCAUCGUGUUGAACACAGGGGCCGACUGCAGCGACACGACGGCUGUGACGACGACAGUCUUCAACGACUCUUCGGCGGUCGAUCACCAAGUGGCCUCGGAUUCUUCUGGGACCUACCAGGAAUAUACCUUUGCAGCCCCUGCGUCGCACGGUGGCGUCUUCCACCUUUGUUGGUCAGUCCAGCCAGCCAGCCAGCCAAUCUGUCUGUUUGUUCGCUUGCAUGGUCAUCGGCAAUUAUGCCGUUUCGUUCUGUCUGUCUGUCUGUCUGUCGGCCUGGGUUGUUGGCUUGGUCGACGCAAUGCGAUGGAAUGCAGGUGCCAAGGGGGACCGGGGGAUGUGUGUGAUCCUAACAGCGCCCUGGCCGACUUCAACACCUCUGCGGGCCUACUGACUAUCAAUGGGCCUCCUGAAUCCCCUGAUCGUCCCCCCGAAUCCCCGUGUGUUGCCGGCCAGCUGUGCUCGGUCACACUGACGAACGGCACAGGUAGGGGAAUCAAGAAAGGGAGAUAGAUUGAUUGGAGGGGCGUGGGUAGGUAGGAAGGUCGAUAGAGAGCCCACUAAUGCUGGCAGGCAGGCAGACAGGCGAGCGAUCGCUGCGUAUGGUGCACACAAUGCGAUCGAUCGAUCGAUGCGGCAUGCACUCAUCCACUCACUGACUGCCUCACUUGUUCACUCAGGUUUUGGAACCGACGACGUCAUAAUAUUGGCGACGGGCGACGACUGCUCUUCCGGGACGGCCGCGACGACAGUCUUCGACAACACUUCUGCUGUCGACUAUGCAGACACGCCUUCGGUGUCCUCGGACGACCAACAGACGUACAACUUCAACUCCACACCUCCUCUCCGUGGGGGAGUUUAUCUGCUGUGCUGGUGAGCAACCCAAAAGCGAGCAGGCCACGAGACAGGCGGUCAGUCAGGCAGGCAGGCAGGCAGGCAGCUUUGUCUGGGGGACGUAUUCAUUCACUCGUCUGGGCCGAGGGCAGGUGCCAAGGAAGCUCGUGUGAUCCGGACGGUGACCUGAGCAUGUUCAGCACCGACGCGGGCAAUCUGACCAUCAUCGGCCCGGACGGAACCUUCGACAACGCGGACAGUCCGUGUCAUGCAGGGAUGCCCAAUUGCACAAUCACCAUCAAUGGCACAGGUUGGGACGUAUAGCGCUGCAGGGUGGGAGGGGGCCGGAUUCACUGGUGGUGUUGCCGGCGCAGGCCUUGCCGGCGUCUGGGACACACUGGUGCUUUCAAGGUCACGGCGAUGUCCACCGGUCGCUGGCACAGUCAUCAAGGACUUGUUCGCCGAAGAUGGUGAUGGUACGAAGGCCGAUCUGGCCACGGCGGCAGGGGGAGGGACACAAUCCGACUAUGACUUCGGCACGGCCUUUCGGGGGGGAACCUAUCACCUGUGCUGGUAAGACAUCAUGUCUCUUGUACGCCGUCUUCACUCACACCCAGUGACACACUCACUGUCGGCUGGGCAGAUAGAUAGAUCUAUAGAUAGAUACACAGAUGGGCCAUACGACGUGCAUCCGUCACAGAGGCACACACAUACAUGAACACAUGUGUGCACACAUCUGGUGUCUAAGUGUACAUGCGUUUGGCCACAUCUCUACAUUUGCAUGUAUCAAUGGAUGUGUUUGCAGGUGUACGGGGGCUUCUCGCUGUGAUCCCGACACUGCCUUGAGCAACUUCAACACACGUGUGGGCCAACUGGCGAUCGAUGGUGCGCAAGAACGCAAAUUUUUGCCACGCUUGCAAUGCCUAGUCCCUUACAGGCCCUACAAGCAAUUUCCAGGACUUUACGUGCACGCUGGGAGCUGACGACUGUGUUGUAUCUAGCGUGGACAUCCAUGGUCAACGCCCAUCAGACUUCCAUGUUGCUAUUCUGGAUCAAGACUGCUCCGACCCCAAGGCUACAUUCGUCGGUGCCAACACCACCUUUAUGACGAAUCCAGCCGAAGGGCACGGUGCAUCAUCAGGACAGUAUGACUUCCAACUCGGCCUGCAAGUGAAUCCGAGAGCAAGGACACCCGGAGAGCACCACAUCUGUUUCUGCGAUGAGGCGGUUCUCGCCUGUACGAAUGCAGAGCACUUUGCUGUCCAAGUAUGGCAAUUUAUGCUAAGAGGUAUGCAACACGGCAGAACUAUUGACAUUGCAGUUGGGAAACAUUUUGUGUUGUUCUGGCUUGAAGGCCCUGACACGAGACUAGUGGACGCGCGUUGUACAGCCGGCCGAGACUGUUCUGUAAAUUCUGUGCAAGGAAUUGGUAUUCUAUCAAAAACUCGAGAGCUUCAAUUGGACAUGCCUUGGCUUGUACAACGCUUUUCUCUGCUCAUUUUGUUGGCGCCCAGGUCUGGACGAUUCGGAUCGAAUCAUCAUCUCGGCGACGGCAUGCGAGGCACCGGUACCGGUCAGCCCUGCACUGUUCAAUGGUGGUGAUUACGCCCAGGCUGAUGCCAACUCGGACGGCGAAGUAUUCAGUUUGACCAAAGCCUAUCGGGGAAUGGACGUUCUGCUCUGCUGGUACGCGCCUUGGCAGCGACCAGAAAGACAUGUCAGAGUUCAGUCGCAGGGGGGUGCUCGGUUGAUUGUGCAGGUGCGGAGCCUACAGUGGCUUGGCAUGCGAUGCCUCCAAUGCGACGACAAGCAACUAUACCAUAUACGUUGGGAAUCUGGCUGUCAAAGGUAGCAUCAAGAUUCGCUUGUAUCUCUCCCUUCAUCCUCCGUUUGACAGGGCCGGAUGGUCUGUUCGACGACGCUUCAUGCGAUGCUGGAAGAGAUUGUACCAUUGUACUGAAUGGCACAGGCGCCCUUACGACAGGCUUGCCUAGUUGUGUCUCUAGGCGCCCUUUUGGAUUGCUACAUACUGCCGCUGUGCUGUCAUCUGCAUGGACGUUUUCAGAGCUUGCCGAUGGUGUUGAUACCCUGCUCAUCUCUACAGCCGAGUGUAGCCCUGAUAGCCCCGCGACUUCGAAUCACACUGUCACCGAUUUAGUUGAUGACGAUGGCGACGUUGACUUUGCAUCACAAGCGGGAGGGACUUUCACUUUUGCAUCCGUCCGGUAUGGAGGCGUUUUUUCGCUUUGUUGGUGAGCGACAAUUAAAGAACAGACACAAAAGCGUGGCAUGUUGCUUGCUGUGCAUGAUUUUGCGGUUGAAGGUGUACGGAUCCUCAGGAUAUCGAGGCUUGCAAUCCAGAAACCAACUUGACCGGUUUCAAUGUCAAUGCAGGAUUACUCCAGAUCAAUGGUAUGUGAGUUGUGUCGCACUCGACACAUCAUGCCAUCGACUCCCUUGCCAACGCUUUAUCUCAGCUCCAGAUCGCAGUUCCAGUACCAAGGCGCAUCCACGAUGUGUGGUUAGUCUCUCAUGCCAAAUAGACAUUAGCGGGGCAGGUAUGAUGGACGACUAACCUCUCCUUCAACUUGUUCUCGUUCAUAUAAUUCUGUGUUGCGAAUAUUUUUCGUGCCUCCAGGGCUUGAGGAUCGUGAUACGAUUUUGGUGGCACCUGAGGGAAAAAGAUGUGGCGUUGACGUGGUGCCUUUGUACCCUAGGUCAGUGAGGACCUGAGGGGCAGCAGACAACGGACGGACGGGGACAUUGCCAGUCACUAGACUCUCGUGUCUGUAGAAUUUUUGAUGACGAAGAUCCUCGCAUUGACAACGCAAAGGCCGAUGCUGGAUCCAACGGAGAAGUUUUCUCGUUAGGUCAGAUUUGAGGACGAAAAGGUGUCAGCCCCUUCUCACUUCAUCUCCAACAUUUCCAGGUCGAGCUGUUUAUGGAGCCCAGAAUCUGGUUCUCUGCUGGUGAGCUAUGACAGACUGCUGCUUUUCAUUAGCGCAUUCGUAACCUUUUUGUGCAGGUGCAAAGGGUCAUGGGGGUCGUGUCACCAAAUCGGCACGUCCACCAAGAACAAUGAAAACUUCCCCGUCCAUUCCGGGACUGUGACUGUGAAGGGUCCGCGUCUGGCAGCUGACGUCUACACCUGCACGUCGGGCUCCCCUUGCCCAAUCGAGCUUGUGGGUGUGGAGCUUGAACAGGGCGACAAGAUCCAUUUAAUCAAAUUACCCAACGUCUGUGGCAGCCAGCUCGAAGCUGUGGGCGGGACCGAAACAACAGCACAGGCUAACGGAACCACAUACGACAUGAACACGAAGCUUCCCGGUGGAAUUUACAGAAUAUGUUGGUGAGUCCAUUAGCUCACCAGCUUACCAGAGCGACCUCCUAAUGGUACUAUUGACAGGUGUCCAAAAGAAGCGGACUGCACCAGUACGGCCAGCUUCGCGACGCAUGUAGGAGACCUGUAUGUGGCAGGUAAGACAGCCACUGGUUUGUGGGUGCAUCCAUGUCCGCACCCCGUCGUCCCUUUGCCACGAGUUUUAUUCCCUGCAGGUCCGGCCUCGUAUUGUGAUUCGUUGGUGUCGACGUCCUGUGAGCAUGUGCUGUGUGCGGCUGGGACGUUUUGUCCUUCGGCGCCCCUUACGAUUGGCGGCUAUCAGCUGACUGUGGACGACCGCCUGCUGCUGACAAAAGGCAGUGUGCCGUGCACAGGCGGUCUGCUGGAAGACAUCGACGCCAAUCCCUCGCCCAGCCCAUCCAGCAGCACAUCGCAAAGCUUCACAUUCGGCCUCACUCUCUCGGAAGCGGGCCACUACCACGUGUGCUGGUGCGGCAAGGGAUCGGCCGGAGCCUGCGACACGCCGUCAGCCCACCGCGUGCAAAUUGGAACGCUGCACAUUACAGGUCAACAGACAGACAGACAGACAGAGAGGGAGCCAAUCAGGGCAGGUCAGCCACGGACGGCAGCAAAUGAGGCACUGCUGAUAUUGCAUUCCAGGCCCAAGUGUGAGCAACUACAACAAACGGUGCAGCCGCGGGUCCAGCUGCACGUAUGACGGCAUUUCCAUCGACUACGACGCCACUCAGCAGUACCGCAUUGCUGUCAUGGACAAGCCAUGCUCAGACGAUGGUGUCAAGUUCGUCGACGGAUUCGAACACAAUCCCUCAUUGGUGGGCGUCAAGGGCACCGACACAGCUGCCAACGUCGCGCCCGUCGACUUCGAUAUGGGAUUCACACUGGCGCCUCCCAGUGAGAAACACCAUGUGUGUUUCUGUGGUAAAGGCAGCAGUUGUGUGGAACCGGGUGACUUUCCCGUCACUGUUGGAAGCAUGAAGUUAGAAGGUGUGGUGAAGCCAAUGCACUCACAUGACAUCAGCUGGCUGGAUUCUCACUGUGGUAUUCAGGACCUCCAAACGGACAAGUGUUUGGCAUUCAAUUUGAAGCCCUUAUAGAUAUCGAGGUGGGUCCAUUGCACGUCUCGUCCUUGGCUGCUCUUCUUCGAGUUUCGAAUCCGCUGUCCAGCCUUUGGUUCUGGGACCUGCCUUGGCCAAUCCGUCCACAUUCCUUAUCCCCUUUUACGAGGCGUGUGGCGACUCUGCACACCCGUUCGACAAUGCGAUUACAGAGCUACCUUCGAAAGGCGACUGUGUGGCCGUGGACACCACGGCAGUCAACAUCACCGAAUUGGUCGGGCCGUCGAACGUCCACUGGGUGGGAAGCGAUGUUGCCGACACCGAGGGGGAUGGAGGGACAGAGUCCUGGCUCUUCUGCCCUUAUGGAGGCGGCACCCUCAAAAAGAUCGAAACCUACAAAGUACGUGGAGUCCAAGGGGACAUCUGAAUUGAACGACUACCACCGUAUACCAUUCUUGUCGUCUGCAGGUGUGCUUUGUCAACGACAUGGCAUCCCCGUCGGGUGUGGGCAUGACGAUCGGUUAUGUUAACCUUGUCAAGCGGCUGGACAUGUGCGGCGACCGCUGCCUCCAGUUCUAUUACUGUGAAGAGGAUCCCGUGACCGACCUUGGCACAUGCCGCCCCGUCCUUGGAGACGGCAUUAAGACACCGAGUGAAGAAUGCGAUGAUGGUAAAGUCCUGAUGCUAGACAGGGCACUCCACAAGGACACGGUGGUGAUUUCGAUUGCAGGGAACCUCGACGGAGGUGACGGGUGCAACGGUGUUGGCGAACUUGAGAAGGGCUUCGUCUGCAAGGAAGUGCCUGUCACAGACAUCCAGUUCGACGUCGAAAAGGGCCCCCCCCGUCAUCUCAGAGUGCUCCAUUUCAUGCGAAAUCAACGACUCAACAACGACCUUCUGCUCCGCAUCGGAAAGCCCCCCGAUGAGCAUCCUUGUCAGGGUAAUGACACAUGUGCAGACCGAUGUGAGGAGUCAUAUAGAUCAUGAGUUUUGCACUGUAGUGCGUGUCUGGCUGUGACAUCCCCCCAUCACUGCUGAGUCCCGAAUCGUCCCGGCUCUUGCAGCCAGCAUCGGCUGCCGGCAAAAUGAGCUUGGACCAGGCGAGACUCAGCUCUGCUUCCCUCUCGGCAGCACUAUUAUGGUGAGGGGCGGGUUGAAACAAUGAGUGGGUGGGACCUCUGGUGUGUCUCUUCUCUUCCUGUUUGUUCCUCAGGCCAAGGCCGAGUUCAUCGACGGCUACCUGGGCAUUCGGAUCGAGUUCGACCAUCCUGUUGCAGUACAGCGGGUCCCCGGGUCGCUCUGGGGAGAUUGCAGGGCUGUGCUAGCAACUGACACCCUGCCCCUUCUGGGAGACCAACCAAUAUGGUACAUACAUCGUAAGGCCUUGCAUGCGUUAGGCUCAAAAGGCAGGCCGAUCUCUGUGAACACAUGUGUAUAGUUUCUAGGCGUCAACUCGGUUGUUUGAGAUCCAGCUUGGCUCCAGACCAGUCAUCAGACUGUUUCAUCCGAUCAGCGUCAAGGUACAUACAGGGAAUGGCUGCGUCUUUGUCUGUCUGCGCUACUGCUCACUUGCGUGUGUGUUGCUGCCUUCAUGCACUGAAUGGCUCUGAGCAGGGCGGUGUCCUUCAGCGGCAAGACGCAGUGAAGGCUCUUCCCGCCUGGUCGUACCCUGCUGCAAGACAUUCCAUCAGGGUCACAGGGUCGGCCGACAAGGCGCCCUUGCUGCCAUCCGUCAUCCUCAAGGUAUGCCAUACCUCCUUCCACCAGCAUGUUCUAGGGUGCAUACUGAUGUAGGGGCCAACAACUGUCAGGUACAUACACAUGGUUCGUCUGUGUCCACACACAAACAUACCCCCACACACAACCACACAUCCUAGCUCCAUCCAUGGCGUGUUUCAUGCCUAGCUCCUGUGUCCCCCUCUACAUAAUCGCGGAAGAAAGCACAGGCCACGCUGGACGAGCCUACAAGAGCGUCAGAUGGUACGUACGUAUGGAUGGCUUCAUCGUUUCGUGACCCUGCUGAUAUGUUUGGUGCCUGCAGGAGCUGUGCGGAUCCGCUAUCGUUGAGCUGUACGACAUCCCUAUCAUCCUUACUCUCAUCGGUCUCUUCGCUCAGCCUCACGGUGCCUGCUGAGACCCUUCACGCGCGCAUUGGGGAAAUUGCUCAAGCCAACGGACUGGAUCGGGUGGACCUCGGAGUCACACUCACACUCGAGAAUUGGAUGGGAGAGAGUGCAAGUGGUGAGGAAUGGUCUAUCUAGAGGGAAAGUCUGCAUCCAUGCAUGCAUCGGUUCGUUCGGCACCCCCUCAUUCAGGCACCAUAUCUACGACUGUCCUCAUUGGCCGGCGUGUUCCUAUACUUCUCCCCGUCACCGACCAGCUACUCAGCAUAGACCCAUCGACCACUUUGAUGCUGGAGGUGGCCGUCGCCUCACCGCCGGCAGAUGGCCCCUGUGAUUCAAGUGGCGACGACAGGAUGGUCGAGUGGCGGAGCCAGCCCCAGGUGACCAUUCCCGCCACCACCAACCCCAGAGUCAUAACCAUGCCUGCGUCUUCGCUUGAACCGGGGGGCUUCUACCAAUUUACUGCCGAUGCCUUCUUCUCAUCCACGCCCAGUGAGAGGUACGCACGCCAGGUAGACCCAUAGCCACCUGAUCAGGUGGCUAUUCAAGCGCCGGAUUUUUACAAUGCGGUUGUCCCUCAGAGUAUCUACAAGAUUCGACGUCAACGUGAAUGUGGAAUCCCCUCCAGUCGUGAGAGUCAGCGCGCCUGCAGCAGCUUCUGUCGGGUGCACAGUGGUCCUGGAUGGGAGCAAGUCCUAUGGCACCACACCAGACGAGCUCACCUACAUCUGGUCGUGUGUCGUUGAGGGCGACAGGCAGGGCCGGGCAUGCUUCGCCGAAUGGGCGGCGAACCAAGGGCAGUUCUCGGCUAUCGAGCUGGUCCGCACGCUGGCCACCGGCACUUUAGUCAUCACCCUCACCGUGAGCACGUCUGUGGGCAUGUCGGCCAGUGAGAGCAUCAAGAUGUUGGUGUCUGAGGGCGGCGCCCCACCGCCUAUCUCCCUCACACCGCUGCCGCCCCAGGUGUCGUCUCAGCUGCCCAUCGACCUCUCGGCCUCCCUCGCACCCACCACUGCCUGCCCUGCCGCCGACGAGUAUGUGGGCGCGGGUGAUCAGGUCAAGUGGGUCAUCGCUGACAGCCUUAUGACAAACCCGACGGCUCUGAACGCAACGAUGACGGCUACCACGACAGCUGGAGGCGUGCAAAUGCAGUUGAUACUCGGCACCAUUCUCCCUGACACACUUUCCCCAGGCGGUGAGUACGUCGUCCGCCUUGUCGUGUCCUCCAUGCCUCUCAGUGACCAGCGGGCCAUCUCUGCCGUCACCUCCACCGACGCCGAAGCUGACCUGUUCAUCUUCGAUGGGGGUGUGCUGACAGUCAAUCGCCCGCCCUUCGGUGGCAUUGUCGAUGUUAGUCCUACGGAGGGCGCUGCGCUUCUCGAUCAAUUCACCCUCACCAGUGGUGGCUGGCAGGACGAUGACCUGCCGCUGCAGUACUCAUUCUACGUCGUCGACGCGCAGGUGCGGCAGGAGGCAAAGAGAGAGAAGACGAUUUUAUGUCAUAGGAGACUGCCGAUAUCUAUUCGAUGCAGGCUGCUGACGACAUCAAGACCCAUCAAGACCUGCACAUUGUGAACGCAACUCUGAGGCCGUUCGCCCGGUCGAACCGCUUCGUUACAACGUUGCCUGAGGGCUCGUAUGUCGUCAUUGCGACGUGAGUGAUUUGGCUGACGGACUGUACGUCUUUUUCGGGAGUUGCAUUGCUUCUUCCUCGUGUCGUCUUUGGUUCCGUAGGGUCAAGGACACGUACGGAGGUCAGGCCAUCGCGAAGAGCACGACUGUCACCGUAUCGCAGCCAGUGUUUGAACUGGGUAGGUGAGCGGACGCUUGCAGUUGCGAGCUUCUCAUGCCGGCCUGCAUUGCAUACCUGUGUGUGCAGAUCGGCUGGAAGAGCUGCGUGGCAUCCUGGAGGGCGCUGACUCGACGUCAGACCCCGCCGCGACCCUCGCGGGUAUCGCACAAAUCGCACAGAUUCUCUCAUCGGACACGGGAACCAUUGAGGACGAGACAGAGAGGAGGCUGACGUGGAAAGAGCUCAUCAGAGUCUUCUCCAUGGUACGGGGCAGGGGCUGGUGGGCUGCGACCAGCGAGAAUGUGUGCGAUGCGCAUGUAUUCAUGCAGAUGGUGGAUGUUUGGAGCACAACUCUCGACGAGGCCGCCGUCAAAAUGGAGAUGUCGACUGCUCUGUACCUUAUCGACGGCGCAAGCACGGCCAACGAGCUCGACAUUGAGGUGGCAGCCGAGGGAGCACGAGCCGUCAGGAAUGCCGUCCGGAUCUCCAGCACCAUUGGCGGCGUGACCCUCGAUGCCGCCACUGUAGGCGGGGAUGUACUCACGGCAAAGCGCACCUUUCUACCUGUGCUUGCUGGCAUGCCCAUCAGGACCUUUUGCGGAGCGCAGCGAUCCUCAUGGCACAGAUGGACGACACUCUCUUGAGUGGGCCGAAGGAGAUCGCCAACACGACCGUCGACGCCGUGGCGGACGUCAUCAAUGAUGUCCGGGCGGCCAUGACUGAUCUUGGAAAUAUGCUGGGCGACGAUCUGCAGCUGGGCGCAGAGACCACUGUCGCCACGCCAGACAUACGCCUCACAGUCGCCAAGAGGGACGCAAAGGUAGGGAGGCAAGACAGAACGACUCACCAUAGGGCGAGAGGGGAUAAUUUGUCCGAUGUCUGUUGCUGUCGAGUGCAGUCCCUGUCAUCAGAGGGCUACUCAUCCGACAGGACGUCCCUGCCGUCUGUUGAUCUGGGGGCGCUCACCAUCCCGGAUGACGAGGUCAGUUUACUCUGCAGAUUGAACCAAGCCAAACUGCGAAAAUUCCCCUCUCUUUUCUUCCUUUUUUUUCAUUUUCCUUGACUGAUGGACUGCUUGAGCAGAUCCUGCGCAUACACCUCGUGCAUUUCGCCACCAACCCACACAGAUACGAACCAGACACACUUGAGAAAAACGUCAGUCAAGCCGUUAUCGCCUUCUCCAUCUUGUGAGUGGUCUCCCCCAUCUGCCCCUUUUCUGCCUGUCGAUCCGUGUGAAAGCGCAUUAGGUGGACUGGACAAUGCUGUGUGUGCAAUUCUGUGCAGGCGAGAGGACGCCACGCCUCUGAAGCUCAUCAACAUGUCUCAGCCCUUUGAGUUCUCGGCCCAUGCGCCGCUGGCCCCUGGUGAGUCCCGGGAGAGGAACGACCCAACCGUAUGCCUCUACUGGGAUGAGGGUGCUGAGCUGUGGACGUCCGAUGGAUGUGUCGCCAACGCAACCCAUUCCAAUCGGUCUCAUAUCGUCUGUAUGUGCAGCCAUCUCACCGGUGAGUCUGCAGGAUAUGGAGAAUCGGGAUAGAUCAUGCAGCGGCGGAUACGCACAUGUGAUUCUUCCUUAGACUUCUCGGUCGCACGCGAGGACGUCCCGCGCAUUGACCUGCUGGAGACAGAUGAGUACGGCGCAUCCAACGUUGGUGAGGCCGUACCGCACGUCCAUGUAUGUGUGUGUGGGGGUGACUGACAGCUUGACGGCAUUGAUGUUCAGGUCUGUGGCUGAUAAUCCUUCUUCUGCUCAUCAUGGUAUUCAUUCUCAUCAUCGCCUACAUGAACGACAGGUAUGUCUGCAUCACUGUCUCUCUGACUGACAGCCCGGCCAAUGUCUUGUGUGUGUUGAUGGCACUACGACAUGAGCGACAAAGCGUUGAAGGCCGUGUGGAUGCGCGACAGCACUCUGAGCAAGAAGAUCGACCAGUUGGAUCGGGACGAACACACAUUCGCCUCCAGAUGGAACGACUUCAUCCUCAAUCUCUUCGGCUACCGGCUUGGGCUGUCCGUCAGGCACCUGCAGGAGUGGAGGUGCGUAAGCUCGAAAGAAAGUAUGUAUCACUCUGGGCGGCUUGAUGCACCUCAGCCCACAACCAACCCACGAGUGUGUAUGGUGUGCGGCGGCAGGUGGUGCAAGUCGUACGCCGACUUCAAGAUGACAAUGUCUCCUUACCACGGCAAGGAGGCCAGGGAGGCCCGAGCGUCGCGUCGGCCCACGGCCUACACAUACACGCAGCAGCCACGGAUAUCCACCGACAGCCUCGCUGACGUCCUCACAGACCCGGCAGCACAGGUGGAACGACAGGCCGGGCCAGACUGAUGGAUGCAUCACACUGUGGUGUACACGGCUGACUUUCCUUUUUUGCUUGAUACAGAUACCUCUCUCAGGGCGCCGCCCCAGCGACCGGCGGCAGACGGCUGUCGGUGUGUGGAAGUCCUCCCUGCGGCAGGUGGGUACGCAGUGAGCUUCAAGCUGUCAUGCCGUGUAAUGCCACUCUGUUUGCUUUGCUUCAGGUAGCCCAGUCGCGGCACGAAGAGCAAUUCCAUGGUACAUACAUGUACCAUGGGCAUCCAUGUCGCACAGCAAUAUUAUAUAUUCCCUCUUCUUACCUCCUACAGGCAUCGUGCGCAUCCAGGCUCUCGCGCGUCUCUUCCUGGGCCGCAAAAGAUAUCAAGAAUACAAGCAAUCCAAACAGGUUGUAGGAGAAAUGCGGCCCGGAUGGUGCAAGGUUGAUGAGAACAACCUCGGUAUGAAGACAGCUUUAUGACAACGAUCUCGUUUCGUUGCAAUACCGAUGUGGUUGUGUCACAUACGCAUGUGUCAGUGGUUUGGGGGGGCGCCUACCGCGGUCUGGCCGUGGUGAGUGCCGAGUCGGGCGAGAAGACCGUCCUCUUUCUGCCCUGCAGGGUGUUUGUCGGCCCUGAGAAUCUCAGCAUCCGCCCCUGGGUCCUCACGCGAACAACAACCCCAUUUCUGCAGGGCGAGCCGCACCCGCUGGCUUCCAUCAGCGACAUUCACAUCGCUGAGGCCGCGGCGGUGGCCCACGAUGGUGAUUUGCCCAUAUCGGUGCGGUCGGUAUCGAAUGCGGACGAGGAGGGAGAGGAGGGUGCGGGCCAGGAGGCGCAGACCGACGAGCCGAGGGACAUCGAGAGGCGAGCGCCCUCGCGCCCCCGGAUGUCUGUCAUGGUAAGCCGGUCAAGAAGUGCACGUGUCGGACAUUAGCUGAGUGCGUCUCUCCUUGUGUUGUGUCGUGUUGAAUGCAUAAGGUCCUGGAUGUCAAGGACCGUCGUCACCUCGGGCAGCAGGAGGUGACCGUAUCGCAAGAGAUGGAGGAGGAGCUCCUCGAUGCGGGCGUACUGGUCGAGGACGUCACAGAGAGGGCUCCUCAUGAGCUCUCUCUCAAAGUCGUCCGCAGAUCGGCACUCGCCCAAGGCGCCGACAGGCUUGAAGACCUCCGGCUCAGAUUUGAAGACCCACAAGUGAGCGCAUUGCAACAGUGGCGUACGUAGCCAUACCAGGACCGGUAGAUGGAUCCAGACCAUUGCCUUGGUGUGCUUCGUGAUUGUACCUGUGUGAUCAAUCAGGUGCCCGAGAUGAUACAAUCGUUUGUGGAGGAUCGCAAGGCGUCUCUGGCCGCACAAGCCCAGCCUGGCGCCGCCAAGAGCAAGAAAAGCGUAGCGGUCCUUCCUCUGCCCACCGAUGUCAAGGCCAUCCCCCGGGCGAGCGUCAUGAUCAGCACCGACCAGCAGGACGAGGCCCUCAUCCAGAAACAACUCGAGCGGAUCAUCUUUGUCGAGUGGUCUAUGUGGCGGCUCUUCACUUCCCUAAUCCGCAGAGAAUCGCCCAUCGCAAAGGUAGUACGUGCUUCAUUUUGGUGCUGCAACGGUGUCUCCCUGUGUCGGCCAGAUGCUGUGUCCCUCGUCGGAGCUCUCUGCAAUGCAGAAGAGUCUCACCGCCUUCUCUUACCUCUUCAGCAUCCUCGCAAUCGCCUCCAUAUUCUUUCUGCUCGCAGAAGAUGUAAGCAAUGCCUCAACCCAGCCACACACAAAAGAGCACGUGAGAGGUGUGUGUAGGCGUCGUCUGGCCGUAUCUUCUACUUCAACAUCGACGAGGACCCCUUCAGGUUCACCGUUAUUGGGCUGCUGAUCUGGAUCGCCUCAAUCGUGAUCGCACUCCCCGUCCGAUUCGCACUUAUACACGUCUUCAGAAAAAGGGUAAGUCGUUGCUUUCAUGCCCACAAAUCGAUCGCGAUCGCUGCGGCAAUGGGCGGCUUGUGCAGGUGCCCACCCCGGCAGGCUAUCCGGAAUACAAGGAGUAUUCUGCCAAGGUAUCCACCCAAGAGACCGACCGACCGACAGCACACCAUUUGAAUGUGUGUCAGCCUGGUUCGGACGUGGUAGCUUUGCAGCGGUGGCGCCGCGCGCCAAUGACAGAGGCGGAAAAGGACUCGACAGUCACGUCAUGGCGAUUCGUCGAACUAAUCGGGUGAGCAGGCACACACACGUGUGUCUCUCUCUGUCCCUGGUGUUUCGAUUCUGUGCGUAUGUGUCCAUGUAUGUGUGUGUGUGUGUAGGCGGCUGUUCGCGUGUGUGCGCAUCAUCGUCUGCGUGGGCAUUGUCAUGAGCUUCACGAUAGUGUCGGCUCCUUCGAUCGAUGAAAUUAGGCAGUGGUUCCUGGGAAGUGUGCUUUAUCUGGCGCUAUACAUGAUCGUUUGGCCCGCAGUACAGGUCAUCACGCUCUUCAUCAUCCUGCGAAGCGCCCUCGGUACGUAUAGGUUGCAUCCACCUCCUCUAAGUUGCGCACCUACCUACCUGUGCGUCUGUGUGUUCAUGUGUGUGUCAGCGUCUGGUGUGUUUGAUGGGCUGCUGUCUGCGGUGCCUCGUCUGUAUGAUUUCUCGGCCCUGCGGCACAGGACGGCCGAUGAUGUCGAGCAAGACAUGAUAGUCUUCGAACGGUGAGCGAGAGGCCUGUCUACCCGCCCGCCCCACGCCGCCGCAUACACACACAGAAAACUCCUGAAUGGAUGUGUGUGUGUCUGCCCACACAGGCGCGACACGGCCAUGACGGCCCCGGACGUCAAAGAAGAGGAGGAGAAGCCCGGGAAGCCCCGGCAGACGCCACGUGUGAGCCGGAUUGUGUCGGUGUUCCUCAAAGAGGGCCCAAAGCUGUCAGUCUUCCACCCCCCCGACCAGCGGAGGUCCAUCCUGCAACAGGAGGCCGUCCAGCGACGCUCCGCUCCCUCUUCGCACCGCAAGAGGACCAACAGGAGCCUCCGCCCAGCCCCGCAAGUCGCGAUUCUCGCUGUUCUGCCCCAUCGCUGCGCCCCAGGUGCAGCACGUGCCCCUCGAUGA